AUCGAAAUACUAAGCAGCGGCUUCUAUUCAGUCCAGGCUGUGCCACUCAUCGUUACACAGUUUUUAUUUAAUACAUUAAAAUAUUAAACAAAUGGGUUAUUCUUCAAUAUGAAUUCAUUAAUAUUUAUACUUGUAUUCAUAUAUUAUGGAGCUUACCCUUCGAACGCUGGUUAUUAUUCUGCGCCCUACGAUGAAGACAUUCCGCAAUCCGAUGUACAAGCGCCUGCGUAUGUACCUUCAUAUAUGAAGAAUCGUCAAUUUUCCAAAACUAGCUACAGCAGAAGCUAUGGCAGCGGAGGUGGUACCAAGACUGGGUAUGGAGGCACCAAAACUGGCUAUGCUGGCACCAAAACUGGGUACGCUGGCACUAAAACUGGGUACGCUGGCACUAAAACCGGCUACUCUAGUUACACUGGCACCAAAACCUGGGCUUCUAAUACUGGUGGAGCGGCCAACUACGAGGAGUUUCAGGAAAAUGCUAAUCGGCCAUACCAACCCCUGUGCGAGCCGGAGUGCAAGAACAACGGCAUAUGCGUGGACACGAACACGUGCCACUGCGCCGCCGACUUCCACGGCAAGUACUGCGAGAUGGAGAGAAAACCGUGCCUGACGCUGCCGCCGCAGCCGGCUAAUUCUAGAGUCAAGUGCUCGUCCGACCUCUGCCAAGUAAGCUGCCUCCCCGGGCACAAGUUCUUCGACGGCUCCACAGUCGCCAACCUGCGCUGCGCCGCGGGGCAGUGGGUGCCGACCCGUGCCGACCUCACCUCGCUCACCGACUGUGUUCCCGAGUGCUCGCCGGCCUGUCUGAACGGAGGCGUGUGUCUGUCCGUGAAUACCUGCCAGUGCCCGCAGGAGUAUCGGGGGCCGCAGUGCCAGUAUUCGGCCUCCCAAUGCGACGCUCACAAACUCGCCUUCAACGGCGGCUACUCGUGCGCGGGCGACGGAGAGAGCUUCUCGUGCCAGCUGUCCUGCCCCCCUGGCUCGUCCUUCAGCACCCCCGCCGCGGAGGCCUACACCUGUCUGUACUCUACGGGCAGGUUCGAGCCGCAGCCGAUACCGCAUUGCGUGUUUAACGAAGUUGUUAUUAUUACACCCAGCAACUAUCAUCACACGUAUAAUGAGACAUACUACGAAACAUCGUACCACAACAAGACGAGCUACAGCGAGAGCCACACCAAGCACACGGGACAGACAGAGAUAGAAGACAUGAACGAGUCCACUCUGUACAACCACCAACAUGCCAAGAAGCCCCACCACGUGGUCAUACAAGAACUGACCCCCACUGACGGAACAUGUUUGACUUGGGCCGGCGCGCAUUAUAAGACUUUUGACGGGAAGAUCUAUAGUUUCCUAUCGGCGUGCCAGCACGUCUUGUUCAGAGAUGCGCAGGACCACAAGUUCACGGUCUCUGUCAAACAUCAUGAGUGUAAAAGCGCGUACUACUGCCCCUCGGAGCUCUCCAUCUUUGUGGAGGAUAAGGAAUACUUUCUUUCUGUUGGAGAGGAGGGUUCGGUGGUGUUCCGCAGCAGCCGGCGCCUGAUCCCGGUGCCGGCGCAGCUGCCGCAGCUCAGCGUCGUGCAGAGAGAAGAUGUCAUCAUCACCCUCGGCUCUGCCGCUACACUCACUUGGGACACUAAUAACCUCAUAACAAUCGUAGCAUCAGUAUCCCUAUGGAACAACACGGAGGGUCUGUGCGGGAGGCUGGACGGCGUGCCGGCUAAUGACUUCCUGACGCGGGACGGAGUCGUCGCCAGCACCAAGUCCGCCUUUGUCGCCUCUUGGCAGGUUAAUAGGGUUGGAGACACCUGUGACAGUGGCCCUACCGAAGUGAACGCGUGUGUAUCGAAGACAGAUGAAGACAUGAGGAAAGCGAAACAGUUCUGCACUAAAGUGUUCAGCAAGGAUAAGUUCCGUAAAUGUUCGGCUGUGAUGGAUGUGUCGAUGCUACUUGACACCUGCCAAUGGGACUACUGUGCCUGCACUACGACCCUGAGUCCAGAAGAAUGUGCGUGUAAAACAGUUGCGGUGUACGCUAAGGAAUGCCAGAGACAUGGCGUCGAAGAGAUGAAGUUGUGGCGAGACGCCGAUACUUGCCCAAUGCAUUGUCCCGACGGCAAAAUCUACAAAUCGUGCGGGCCUGAAUCUCAGCCUACUUGUGCGUUCCCACUUAUUUCUUCGAAAACGGACAAUAACUCCUGUGUGGAAGGUUGCUUUUGCCCUGAAGGCCUACUGCUUGAAGGGGGCAAGUGUGUUCCUAAGGGUGAAUGCUCGUGUCGGCUGAGGAAGAAGGCCUUCCCACCUGGAGCUACUGUGAAGAAGGAUUGUAAUACCUGCACCUGCGACGCCGGCGAAUGGGUAUGCACGAAGGUCCCGUGCGGGGCGCGCUGCGGUGCCGUGGGGGACCCUCACUACACCACGUUCGACGGCCUGAGAUACGACUUCAUGGGACACUGCAGCUACAACAUGCUCAGUGCUGCCAACCUGACGGUAGAGGUCGAGAAUGUGGCGUGUUCUGGCGCUAUUACUGAGGCCAUGAACCUAACCCCAGUGCAAGGCUCAGACAAGCCGUCGUGUACCAAGUCUGUGACCAUAGCGCAGGGGGGCGCCACUGUGCACCUGAAGCAAGGAGGAUUCGUGCUUGUCAAUGGCAAGGAGAUCCAGAAACUGCCCGUACAUGUUGGAGAGAUUCUGAUAAGGGCCGCUUCGUCUUUGUUUAUUAUUGUCCAACUACCGAACGGUGUCGACAUCUGGUGGGAUGGCAACACUCGUGUCUACAUCGACGUGCCGGCUGAGUUUCAGGGCAAAACUAAGGGUCUCUGCGGCACAUUCAACCUAAACCAAAAGGACGACUUCCUCACCCCCGAAGGCGACAUAGAACAAUCAACCCAAGCCUUCGCCAACAAGUGGAAGACUCGGGAGGCGUGUGCGGACCUCGACCUGACGGAGCCGGAGCAUCCGUGCAAGGCGCAUGUGGAGAAUAAAGAAGCGGCUGAGAAGUACUGCGGGAAGUUGAAGAGCAAGUUGUUUGAACCCUGCCACUGGUACGUCGAUGUAGCCCCAUACUACGAGGCGUGUCUCUACGACAUGUGUGCGUGCGAGGGCGACGCGUCGCAGUGCGUGUGCGCCGCCAUAGCGGACUACGCGGCUGCGUGCGCGCCGCACUAUCCUGUGCACUGGCGGUACGAGGUCAAGGAGUGUGAGCUAUCCUGCACGGGCGGACAAGAGUACACAGUAUGCGCGGACAGUUGCCUGCGCACCUGUUCUGACGUGUCACUGAGGACGACUCUGAAGUGUCGCCCGCACUGCGUGGAGGGGUGUGCGUGUCCUGCCUCACAGGUUCUGGAUGACUCUGGCUCGUGUGUGCCGGUCGGGCUGUGCCCCUGCUUCCACAAGGGUCUGGAGUUCAAACCCGGAUACAAGGAAGUUAGACCAGGAAGACGAGAAAGAGAGAUUUGCACGUGCAUAGGCGCUCGCUGGGACUGCCAGCCGGCGUCCCCUCAGGACAUACAGAACUACCCGCCGGCCGAGGACCUCAUGCAGAACUGCACCGCCGCGCACCACAUGGAGUUCACCACCUGCAUGGCGCCGCAGCUCACUUGUAAGAACAUGCACCUCCCGCCCUCUCAAGCCACGACAGAGUGCCGCGCCGGUUGCCAGUGUGUAAAAGGCUACGUACUAGACAUGGCCACUAAGAAAUGCGUGCUACCCGAAACCUGCCCGUGUCACCACGGCGGAGAAAGCUACCCAGACUCUCAUACUAUCACUGAAGAGUGUAACACUUGCACCUGCAAGAGUGGCAACUGGUCGUGCACGCAGCGCGCGUGCGCAGGAGUCUGCGCGGCGUGGGGCGACUCACACAUCGCUACGUUUGACGGCAACGAGUAUGACUUCGAGGGAGUCUGCAGCUAUCUACUGGCUAAAGGGUGUAUGGAGGCCGGGAAGGACGGCUUUGAGGUCGAGAUUCAGAAUGAGCCAUGUGGCACGACUGGAGCGACUUGUUCCAAGUCAGUGACACUGAAGGUGGGCGGUGGAGACGAUCCUGAAGAAAUGGUUCGACUGACUAAGAACGAGCCGUUACCUGAAAUCAAUAAACUGAAGAGAAUCAAGAUGCGAUUAGCAGGCGCAUUCGUGUUCUUGGAUGUACCGUCUUUGGGUAUGAGCUUACAAUGGGACCAGGCCAUGCGAGUCUACGUUAAAGUUGACGCUAUGUGGCAAAAUAGGGUAAAAGGUCUGUGCGGCAACUACAACGCGGACAUGCGUGACGACUUCCAGACCCCGACGGGCGGCAUCGCAGAGACUUCCGCGCUCAUCUUCGCCGACUCCUGGAAACUGAAGACCACGUGCCCCAAGCCUAGGCCCGUCACUGACCACUGCCAACAACGUCCCGAGCGCAAAGACUGGGCCACCACCACGUGUGGCGUGCUCAAACACUAUCCCUUCACGCUCUGCCACUCCGAGGUACCCCCGUCUGCGCACAUCGAGCGUUGCGCGCGCGACGCAUGUGCAUGCGACGCAGGGGAUGAUUGCGCAUGCGCAUGUGCGGCUAUAGCGGCGUACGCGCAUGCGUGCGUGGCACGAGGCGUCGUGUUCAAGUGGAGGACUAAGGAUUUGUGUCCGAUGCAAUGUGACGAGGAGUGCUCCAACUACGACGCAUGUAUCUCUCCGUGCCCGCCAGAGACGUGUGAUAAUACGCUUUAUUACGAAGAAGUUAAGGUUGUCUGCGAAAAGGAUACUUGCGUUGAAGGCUGCAAACUAAAGAACUCGACCUGUCCGCCCGGUCAAGUGUUCUCUAACAGCAGCUUGAUUCAGUGCGUGCCGCGGCAGCAGUGCCGCCCCGCCUGCAUGACGCUGCAAGACGGACGGAAGCUUCUGGAAGGAGAGCUCAUUGAAGAGGACGCUUGUCAUACUUGCAGAUGUUCAAAGGGUGAAAAGGUGUGCACUGGACAACCAUGCCCGACUGAUGCACCGACCAUACCGCCAACUGAAUCAAGCCCGAAGCCCCACGACGAGCCUCUGAAGUGCGUGACGGGGUGGACGCCCUGGGUCAACCAGGCAGUCGCUGAGUCCACCUCCACGGGGUCUAUGGAUGUCGAGCCGCUACCCAAGCUUAAGGACUUCCAAAUCGGAUCCCCAAUGUGUAAGCCAGAAUCGAUGAAGAAGAUCGAGUGUCGCACCGUCAAAGACCACAGGACGCCUAAAGACACCGGCCUCAACGUCGAGUGCAGUUUGGAGAAGGGACUCAUUUGUAAAGAGAUGAUGGACGCUAAUGCCAAUGUCACGUGCCCCGACUUCGAGAUACGAGUGUAUUGCGAGUGUGAGGAAGGUGAGACUGUUAUAGUUCUGAAAAUAAAACCUCAUUUUCCAGAGCCAUUCCAAUGCCUAAACUCAACUCAUCCCAACCACGCUCACCCGACCGACUGCACGAAGUUCUACGAGUGUAUACCGAACCCCAUGUCCCCUGAGAAACCCCACGCGGUGCUCAAGACUUGCGGGGAGGGGCUGUUGUAUAACCCCGAGGCGAUGGUCUGCGACUGGCCCGCGGCCGUGGAGGCUUUGAGGCCGGAGUGUAGGAAUUAUAGCAAGGUGUCCCGUGAAUUCAAGACUACAGUAACUCCUACAACUGUCACGUGGGCUAGCGGUACAGUGCCGUCCACAACGCCCCGCCUGUGCCCGUCGGGACAGGUGUACAAGGAGUGCGCCUUCCCGUGCGACAAACUGUGCGACCACUUCAAGAAGACCCUCGCUGAUCAAGGGAAAUGUCUGCCGGGGCAGAAAUGCAUCGAAGGUUGCGUGGACGAAGCCGUGGCUAACAUCAAGUGUGACUUCGGCUCGCUGUGGAGAGAUGAGAAGACUUGUGUGCCAAUGAAAGACUGCACGUGUUUGUCCAACGAAGGAAGAGUUAUGAAGCCUGGCGCCACAUCAACAGACGGCUGCAUUAAGUGCCAGUGCCUCGACAACGUCCUACAUUGCGACAGCAGUGAAUGCGUCAAAAUAUUCGUUCCCAUGUCCGGAUCUACCCAUGAACCGUACAUAUUCACCACCCACAUGAUCCUCACAACCGCUAGUACCACGGAAAUCCCCACUACUACUGAAGAAGUCAAGUCUACAACUGUCGAAGUUACGUCCACUACAGUAAAGUCUACGACGGAAGUGCCUUCAACAACUACUGUAGCCCCUACUACUGUCAUAAUAGUGAAGAGUACGGCCAGUCCACCACCUAUUUGUACCGAAGACAGGUAUAAAAACCUGCUUUGGGACGGGGAGCCGCUGCCGGACUCAUCAUUCACUGCGAGUUCGGUCGCUAAUGCGCUGUUUGAACCACAGUUUGCUGUAUUGAAUGGACACCCUCUGGAUAUUACAGCGGGCAGUUGGAACCCAAGCAGCCAAGAUCUGAACCAGUUCAUCCAAGUGGAACUGCCUCAACCCGAACCGCUAUAUGGAGUACUGAUGCAAGGCAGCCCGCUCUUCGAUCAGUAUGUCACGAGCUAUGAGGUCAUGUACGGAGACGAUGGGCAUACAUUCUCGACUGUCAAAGGACCGGAUGGAGAGAAUAAGGUGUUCCGCGGUCCGACAGACCACAACAACCCGAUCAAGCAGAUGUUCAACCCACCAAUAGAGGCCAAGUUCGUGCGCAUCCACCCUCUCACGUGGCACGAAGAGAUCGCGGUGAGAUGGGAGCUGAUUGGCUGCGAGGAGCAUCCAGAUACCACUGAUACGCCAGUUGUUACUACAGUCACCACUCCCGCCCCAAUCCAAUGCACGGACUUGCUAGGCCUAUCAGCGGGUCUACCCGUAGAUAAUAUAGAAGUGAGCUCCAAUAACGACGCCAGGAAAUACUUGGACCUGACGAGUGAGAGGGGAUGGAGGCCUCUCUACAGUACACCUGGCGAGUGGCUGAUGUUUGACUUCACGGAACCCCGCAACAUAACGGGCAUCAAAACAAAAGGCGGUGAAUACGGCUGGGUCACCUCCUACAACAUAAUGUACACGUCAGACUUAACCCGUUUCAACCCGGUUAUAGACGACACAGGGUCCACGAGACCCUUCCCGGCUAACUUUGAUAAGGACACCGUGGUGGUAAAUGAGUUCAGACCACCGAUACAUGCUAGAUAUCUAAAGGUGCUGCCCAUGAAAUGGAAGGAUAACAUUGAAAUGCGUAUCGAGCCUGUUGGAUGCUUUGAGCCGUACCCUACUCUACCGCCGACCACAACUACCGAAUCUCCGCCAACGACAGAAACAGACAGCGACUGUCUGAUAUGCCCCGGCUUCGUCCGUCCAGACGAUCUGGAAUGUUCCUGUGAUGCCCCCACGCAGUACUACGAUGGAGAGAACUGUGUGUCCAGAGACCAGUGUCCAUGCUUCGUUGGUUACAUGUCUUAUGCAGUGGGCUCGUCGUUCCGUGGUGACAAGUGCGACGAGUGUGUGUGCAAGCUGGGCGGCGUCACCGACUGCAAGCCCGUCAAGCAGUGCGACUGUGCGCCCAACCUAGUACCGAACCUAUCACAAACAACUUGCGAAUGCACGUGCAAGCCCUGCCCCGUCGACACAAAGAUCUGUCCUACGAGUAAACUCUGCCUGCCGCUGGACAAGUGGUGCGACGGGCUGCAGGACUGCCCUGAUGAUGAGAGGAACUGCUCUGUGCCGACAACCAUUACGACUACUGUGGAGCCGGUGGUGGUUACUACUGUGAGGCCGACGGUUGAGGCUGUGCCUACGACUGUUGCGCCAAAAUUGCCCUGCCCACCAGUACAAUGCCCUCCCGGCUACACGGUGCAACUCCUCUCCGCCCACCACCAGUACAGCUACUCCUCGGAACUACCGCCGCCGCGCGCGCGCCGCACCUACGCCAGGUUCUUCAAGGGACAAGCCCCGGGCGCCACCAAGCGAGGGUACUCUAAAGGAGGCUUCUCGAAGGGAGGAUAUUCAAACAUACCCUCACCACCGAAGUCAACACAGGCCUUCACUCUCGACAAGCCUCAAGUGCAGAAUCCCAAGUCUCAAGUGGAAGCAUGCCAACAGUUCAAGUGUGUGCCGAAGUUACCCCCGUACAGACCCGGAGUGCACCACCCCCCGCAAGUUUGUUCCACGCCGCAAUGUCCUCCGAAGUACAAGCUGCAAAUUGAUACCAGCACACAUGACAGACAUAAGUGUCCGCAAUACGUCUGCGUGCCGCCUCCCGACCGCCCGGUCUACUGCGAGCUCACCGGACGUACCUUCAACACUUUCGACGGCUCCGAGUACAAGUAUGACGUUUGCUUCCACAUCCUGGCCAGAGACAACCGGUUCGAUGCCUGGACUGUACUGGUGCGCAAGAAGUGUCGCGUAGACGGCUGCCUAAACGAGCUCCUAAUCCGCCAAGACGACCAGCUGAUCCUCAUUAAACCAGACAUGACGAUAGAAUACGACAACUAUGAGUACACGGUGGAGCAGACCAGCAUGAUCUGCUUCCAGAAGAACAGUUUCGACCUGGCCAGACUGGGGACCGGAGUCGUGGUCAAAUCCAGAAAGUAUAACUUCACGGUUGCUUUCAAUACUGAUGGGGAUGUUAAAGUUGGGGUAUCAAAAUCCCUUUCCGGCUCAGUAGACGGUCUCUGCGGCUACUUCGACGGCUCGCCCUCAAACGACCGCCGCCUGCCGAGCGGGCGGCCCGCGACCAGCGUGGACGCCUUCGGGCGCGCCUGGGCCAAGCCAGGGUUGUCGCCCAACGCCUGCCAGACUAAAGUCAUAGACAAGGAGAAGCAACAGGAGGCGUGGAAUUUGUGUGAUGUUGUUACCAAAGAGCCCCUCUCGCGGUGCGGCAGUGCAUUAAACCUGGACAAAUGGCGCAGCAUGUGCCUCGAGAAGAUCUGCACAUGUUCAGAGCUGGUAGUGAACGGGACCAAGCGCUCGCAGGAAGAGUGUCGGUGUCUACUGUUAGAGCAGUUUGUGGCUGAGUGUCGGAAGGAAAUGACGCAGGUUGACUUGGCUGACUGGCGCACGCUGUACCGCUGCCCGGCGGAAUGCCCCGCCCCGCUGGUCCACUACUCGUGCUACCAGCGCGUGUGCGAGCCGUCCUGCUCCCCGCAGCCGCACGCCGGCUGUCCGACAGACGCGAGGCAGUGCGUGCCCGGCUGCUACUGUCCCGAGGGCACUCUGCGGCUGAAGGACUCUUGUGUUGCUGUUGAUCAGUGUUUAGACUGCAACUGCAAUAGCGCCGGGAACAAAUACAUGACCUUUGAAGGAGACGAUAUGCCGUUUGAGCACAACUGUACCUACCUCGUGUCGCGAGAUAGAAAUGACACUGGAGUUCACAAGUAUCAGAUUUAUGCUACCAACGGACCGUGUGAGAAAAAUAACGCUGCAGUUUGCACCAAAGUAGUCCAACUGUUGCACGAAAAGCACAUGGUACGAGUGGAUAAAAACCCCACUACGAAAAAGCUACAAGUGAUGAUAGACGAAGAUAUGGUGUUCAAAUACCCUCAAAAGAAGGACUGGGUGACCAUCAGUUUGGUGAACGGACAAGAUGUAAAGGUCCUACUACCCGACGAGCAUGUUGAGCUAACAGUAUCUCCAUCAGACCUAUCGUUCAGUGUGAAAGUGCCGUCAUCUCUCUACUCGAACGCGACGCAAGGGCUGUGCGGCGUGUGCGCCGGCUACCAGGAGCACCUCGUCAUGAGCAACGGCACCGCCACUGAUGAUUAUGGACAGUACGCCAAAAGCUGGCAGGCGAAGGGCGAAAUAUUGACAGCACUGAAGAUAGCGGACCAAGAGCAAUGUGAUGAACCUCCUCCAAAGGAGGAGUGUGUGCCGCCGCCACUUGAACUGAACCCUUGCAACAAAUUGUACGACACGCAGAUGUUUGGUGCUUGCCACGCUCUAGUGGACCCGGCGUCGCACGUAGAGAACUGCGAGGCAGAUCUAUGUACCAACAACACAGACAUCUGCACCGUGCUGGAGCGAUACGCGGCUGAGUGCAGGAGGCAAGGCGUGUGUCUACAGUGGAGGGGCCAGCUCUGUCCCUGGACUUGUGAAAGCCCCUUCAUUUACCGUCCAUGUGUGGGCUGUGACUUGACUUGCGACAACUAUGAUGAAAUGAAGGACGGUUGCGACAAGCCCUACCUUGAAGGGUGUUAUUGCCCUGAAGGAAAGGUCCGAGUAAAUAACACUUGCAUAGAGCCAUCAAAAUGUUUCCCGUGCGACACCAACAAGGAACAUUACGCUGGCGACGAAUGGCAGGAAGACGCCUGCACUAAGUGCGCAUGCAGCAAGCUAGAGUCGUCCCCGAUGGCGCACAUAACCUGCAACAAGCAGACCUGCAGCGAGCCGGCGUGUGCGGACAACGAAGACCUGAUCGCCAAGCCGGCGCCCGGCGCGUGCUGCCGCGAGUAUGUCUGUGUACCAAAGCCGAUAGCGAUCAAGUGUGAUGAACCAAAACAAAUUGAGUGCGGUUUCGGCCAAGUUCUGAAACUGAAAACCAAAUCCGAUGGCUGCACCGAGUUUGCUUGUGAAUGCAAACCAGCCGACGAAUGCGACCCCAUUCCGCCGGCAUCAAAGCUCGAGCCCGGCAUGACUCGAGACAUAGACUCUACCGGAUGUUGUCCCAAGGAGGUGAUCACUUGCCGCAAGGAGACCUGCCCGCCGCCGCCGGAGUGCCCCAAGUUCCAUGACGUCAAGAGCGCUAAUGUCACUGGGGUGUGCUGUCUGCAGUAUACUUGUGAAUUACCUAAAGACAAAUGCGUGGUGACACUAGAGUGGGAAGCUGCUCCGAAAGGUGGCGAGAAACUGAGGGCGGAACCGGAAACAUUGUUGAAAGACCUGGACGAAGCAUGGCUAGACGGCCCGUGCCGCUCGUGCCGCUGCUCGCCCCCCCUCCCCGCGGCCUCCUGCCUCGUCUCCUCGUGCCCGCCCGCCGUGUCCGACGACAAGUUCCUAGUGGAGCCCCGCCCGGCGCCCUUCGCCUGCUGCCCCGCUAUAGUGCAGGUGGCUUGUAGGGAUGGGAAUAAGAUUUAUAAGGUGGGCGAGAAAUGGUCGUCCCCCGGCAAUGUAUGCGAGCACCACGAGUGCGUGCAACUCGAGGACGGCAAACUGGACAAGCUCACCACCGUGCAGAUGUGCGACACCAAGUGCCAGCCUGGUUGGCAAUACACCCCACCAUCGCCAGACAGUGGCGAGUGUUGCGGGCAGUGCACGGCCGUGGCGUGCGUGGUGGACGGCGCCGAGCACCAGAUAGGCACAACCUGGACCUCGCCCGGCCACUGCACCAACUACACCUGCAUGGACGUCAAUGGCACGCUGCAAGUGCAAUCGUCUAAUGAGAGUUGCCCCGCCAUAACUGAAGACAUGAGGAAGCUGUAUGUCUUUGAAGAGACGGCGGUCCCCGGGAAGUGUUGUAAGAAUAUCGAGCGAGUCGCUUGCAGAGAUGGCGAUAAGAUCUACCAGGAAGGCCAAUCCUGGAACACAUCCGACCCAUGCGUCACGGUACAAUGCGUGCGCGCCAACUCGAGUGAGUUAUCUCGCGAGUCACUCACACAACACUGCGCGGAGUGCGGCUCCGGGUUCGAGCGGGUGCCGGGCGGCUGCUGCGGGCACUGCCGACCCACUGCUUGUCUCACUGAAGACGGGAUGAAAGAUAUAGGUGCGCCGUUCAUGACUGAUAUUAGUACACACUCGAGUGAGUUGUCCCGCGAGUCACUGACGCAACACUGCGCAGAGUGUGGCGCCGGGUUUGAGCGGGUGCCGGGCGGCUGUUGCGGACACUGCCGACCCACUGCUUGUCUUACUGAAGAUGGGAUGAAGGAUAUAGGCGCUACCUGGUCAUCUCCAGACAACUGCACCACAUUCUCGUGCCUUCGCUCGGACGGACUCUCCGUCCUAGUAUCUUCGAGCCGCGUGUCGUGUCCGCGCGUGGACGACUGUCCGCCGGCGGACCUGGUCAACGAGACCUGCUGCCAGGUCUGCAAGAUGAGGCCGCAGAACUUGAAACCAGAAACCUGUAAACCUGAACCCCUCCCCGACGCGGAGUCAGUGGGCAUCGUGCGGCGGCGGCUCGGCCGGCACGGGCUGUGCCGCAACAUGGAGCCACUACCGAGCUUCCGCGAGUGUCGCGGCUCUUGUGUCAGCGGGACGUUGUACAACAACCAGACAGGCAGCCACGACACGCGCUGCGAGUGUUGCCAGGCGGUCAAGUACGAGUCUCUCCUGGUCACACUGCGCUGCGAGGACGGCUCUGCGCAGGCGCACCGCGUGGCGUCGCCCGCGCGCUGCGACUGUCGCGCGUGCGGCGAGAUCGGCUCUAUGCAGGGACUCGACAAUCAUGGUUACUCCGGAAUAAAAUCACCGACCAAAACUGGGUACUCCAAGAAGACACCUAACGAUGAAAUAGAAGAGAUUGAAAUCCCUGAAAUCUACAAGCGAUUUGGGGAAGCCGAUGACAUGAACCGACUACGAAGAUAAAUAUUUAUACCUUAUUAAACAUGAAAGAGAAAACAAAAACUAAGAUGUACAUCGAUCACUUUGUAUAUUUUUGUAAAUAAAUAUUACUUAUAUUGAAUUUUAAA